AUAGAAUGCUACUACCUCUUGAUGAAGAUAGAAUACCUGUUGUCCCACCUCCUUUUGUUGAAAAUGUAGAAGACUUACUUGUUAAAGAUGUGAAAGAAAACCCAUUUGUUGAUCCGGAUAAUGAAUUAGCCACCAAGGAGCUUCAGCAAGUACUAGAUACAUUGCACCUUUGGAAUCCAAUAUCAAUUAAAGAUUUGUUAAAUUUUGAUGAUGAAGAUUUUAUUCAAACUGCUAUAGAAGUAGAACAAGUAGAAAAUGAAAUAAUUACACAACCUUUAACCAGAAAAGAACAGUUAGAUAUUCUGCGCAAUGCUCUGAGAAUUGUUGAUGAAAGAAUUGAUGAUG